GGAUUUGUUGUGCAAAAGAAAAUAACUGCUUGUACAAUCCGGAACUUCUUAUUUUGUUAUUCAUCGUUUUUUCAUUUGAUUGAAGUCUUUUUUCGACACAAACGUCCUUUAAUGUCCAGCGUCCCCUUUAAGGACUCUGGCCAACAGCUCAGCGCCCAAUCACGGCGCGUAAACUGAACUCUGUUGUUAGCAGCUAGCAUUAGAAAAAACAAUUCCAAUUACCGGAGCGAUAUUUUCCUCCCUCUGUUCAUUUCAAAACCCACAGUUGAGAACAAUUGUAUUUCGGUCAUAAUAGCCAAAGCAGCAACGAGCCUCUUUACUCGGGUGUACGUGCUAAAUACCGGGAAAAAUGACUUCUGCACUGUCUGAUCCAACCCUAGAGAGAAAUUUCAAGGGUCACAGGGACGUCGUGACAAGUGUGGACUUCAGCCGCAACAUGAAACAAAUUGUCACAGGCUCUAUGGAUUCUUGUGUGAUGAUCUGGAACUUGAAGCCUCAGAUGAGAGCUUAUCGUUUCGAUGGACACAGAGAAGCUGUAAACUCUGUCCAGUUUUCUCCAUCUGGUCACCUUGUGGCCUCGGCCUCUAGAGACAAAACUGUACGUCUCUGGGUGCCCAGCAUGAAGGCUGAUUCAACUGAAUUCAGGGCUCACACUGCCACUGUGCGUUGUGUUAACUUCUCCGGUGAUGGACAGAGCCUGGUCACAGCGUCUAAUGACAAAACAAUCAAAGUGUGGACGGUCCACAGGCAGAAGUUCCUCUUCUCUCUUAACCAGCACAUCAACUGGGUCCGCUGUGCCAAGUUUUCUCCAGAUGAUCGUUUAAUUGUGUCCUGCAGUGAUGAUAGAACUAUAAAGCUAUGGGACAAGAACAGCAGAGAGUGCAUUCAUUCUUUCUUUGAACAUGCUGGUUUUGCAAACUAUGUGGACUUUCAUCCCAGUGGAACUUGCAUUGCUGCAGCGAGCACCGACCACUCUGUGAAGGUGUGGGACAUCAGAUCCCAUAAGAUGCUUCAGCACUACCCUGUUCACACUGGUAUGGUGAACACUUUGUCUUUCCAUCCUGCUGGAAACUUCCUGAUCACUGCGUCCAGCGACUCCACAAUGAAGAUACUGGACCUUGUGGAGGGCAAGCUAUUGUAUACACUUCAUGGACAUCAGGGUCCAGUCACAUGUGUGGCCUUCUCUCGGACAGGAGAGUACUUUUCCUCAGGAGGUUCUGAUGAACAGGUAAUGGUCUGGAAAAGCAACUUUGACAGUGUUGAAUGCAGUGUCAGUGUCAAACAGCAACAUAAAAAUGGCGGCGGCUCACUGUCACGACCAGCGAGCUCUGUGCCUCACCUCACCCUGAAUUCUCACCCAUCUGUGCUUCGCAGCCAGACCUCUGAAGCAUCAGAUCACAUGAACAGAAAGGACUCCCAGACCACGGCCCACACGCGGAGCUUUAGUUGUAACGGCAGCCACAGCAGAGCAGCUCACGCCUCUAGCCACAGAGAGCCCACCGUAAGUCCGUCGCCUACCCAGCAGAGUCCGAGCAAACGUCUACAGCAGCCUCCGCACCAAGAUCAAGAAGCACAGUCCCAUCCUCCAGAGAGAGGGGUUCCCUCUGGUCUAACCAACACCCUGGAGCACAUCAUGGGCCAGCUGGAUAUCCUCACCCAGACUGUUUCAAUCAUUGAGCAGCGUCUGACGCUGACAGAAGACAAGCUCAAGGAGUGUUUGGAGAACCAAAUGGAGAUUGGACGACAUCUUCAGAGAAAGGAGGAGGACUGAAGAUGGAGGAGAUGCUGAGCUAUUGUAUCUGGGAGCAAAGCGGGUUGCUCUUGCACCGAAAACAUGAACUUUUUGAAUCACAUUUAAAAUGUUUGGCCUUACACGGCGUACAGCUAGAUGUUCAGAAGUACUGAAACAGUUCACACUGAGCCUUCCUUCUGAUGUGCGGGUUAUUUUACCCAGAUAUCAGGGUGAAGGAGUUGAGUAUUAGAGAAGUUCCUCUAUGGUAAUGCUGAGCAUGCAGUAUGUUUCUGCUGACAAAGGACUAGUCACUUUGUAUAUAUGCAUACACUGUGUGUGUGUGUGUGUGUGUGUGUGUGUGUGUGUGUGUGUGUGUGUGUGUGUGUGUGUGUGUGUGUGUGUGUGUGUGUGUGUGUGUGUGUGUGUGUGUGUGUGUGUGUGUGCGCGUGUGUGUAGAACAGGCAUCUGCAAGUGAAGAACACAUGAGGGCCUCUAGUACUUGCUGAGCAUUGUGUUUAUUUGUAAUUUUAUCUCAAUUUGUAACAAGUAGAAAGAAAUCAAAUGUUCUUGUUUAUGACAAAGUCCAUCAACAGGACCUAUAAUCAGAGCCAGAUUACUGAUUGGUUGGAUUUGACUGUUUUUAAGUCUAAUAUACACAUUAGAGUCAUUGUAAUGCUGUUAUUGUAUAACUCUGGUGAUAAUUUAUUACUAAGAAAUCCAGUGAAAAUGGUAAAAAUUAACAUUUACUGAUAUUAUCAAUAUGUUUAGUUUUACAGAUCAUCUUUUUUUAGUCUAUUAUCCCGUCCCACACAAGCGCCUCCAUACUGUUAAAGCCGGUGUCUCACUGGGCUGGCCAGCAGCCUCAGCACCGUCACAAACUGGCCUAACAUGUUUAUUUUUGAAGAUCAUCCUGAGUUUGUUUCAGAAUGAAGGAGCCUCUCUCUCUGCAUCUAUGUUGGAUUUGUAUUUAAUUGUUGGGUUUGACAACAUUGUCUUGAUCCACCUGUUUUAAGUUAUUUUUAAUAAAAGUUUAAAUGUUCUGGG